UUUCCUGUCAUAACAGUGCCAGUUGAGUUGAAUUUCAGCAGGGCAGCCUUGAAAAAGAAUUAAGCAACUAAAAUCCAUGUUUGGCUGGGUCUGUGACUGUUUAUCUCAGUUUGGUUAUGCCACUUAUCAGUAUUUUUCAGCUUUCAUUUUGAUCAUCAAUUUCAUAAAAAAUGUCAAAAGGAUGUAGCAGCAAUCACACAUGUCAUAAAUUUUGUUGUCAUGAAUGCUGUCAUGUGGAUGGGUCAAUGACCAUGUAAUUACAGUGCACCAUCAGGAAUGCUUUGGACCAUGGGGUGGUUUAAUGUGCAAUGUUUUUGAAGAUAUGAAGAUAAACAACUCCACUGCUCACACAAUGAUUGCAGAUGGGAAAGUGGCUCUGUGGGUAUCACUUUUUCAGAACUUUGAAAAACAAACAAGAUGUUUAAAAAUCCUUUAUUACUGAUUUCUAUCAAUAUGGGCGAUUGAAAUAUGAAUAUUUUUAAGCAUCAUUCUGAAUGCAGCAUUCUAGAAAAAGAAAAUGUACUGAAUGUCAUGCGUUGUUGAAGCUGGUUUUCAGUGAUAUAAGGCCCAAAAGAAGAGGUGAUGUUUGUUACAAACAAGAGGUGAUAUGAUGACAUUCCUAACUGUUCUGGAAAAAAUGAUGUUUUGAACCCCACAUCAGAUUGAAGUCACUCAAUGCAUUGAACUAUCAAACCUUGAGGAAUUCACAAGCUUCGCUCACAACGAUGGAUCUGCUACAAAUGACAGAGAACAGCAUUUGGCAUGCAUUCAAUGUGUUGGAUACAGAGCAGCAUGGCAGUGUGGCCAAGUCAAAGCUGAAGGUCCUGACACAGAAUCUUGGCACCCUGCUGGAUCUGGCUGACCAGAAGGUGGAAAUCGGAUUGGCUGAGUUUCGUAGCACCAGCACACUGACGUUUGAGCACUACAAGUUUUAUCUGACGCACGAGGUGUAUUCGCGACUGCCGGAAGACCUCAGUCCGGAGCAGAUGCGCCAGUACCAGGCGGCGGUGGAGGAUGCCUGCUGGCUGCUGUUCCGAUCGGCGGCGCUGAAGCGCGACAUGCCCACGCUGCCCGAGGACUGCGUGCACCGUUUGUUCCGCGUCUUCUGCUGCCUCGGCGAGCUGAUGUCGGAUCCCGAUUUGGCGCAGCAGGUCGUCAUGAACGCCGGCGAGGUCGAUUACGUGGCCAGUAAGUUCGUGCAGGCGCUUGGCCGCGUCUGGGAUUCUGCCGACUUCAAGCAGCUGGCCGAGAUAAUCCAUCACUUCAAGUUCGCCAUCUUUCUGGCCUUUCUGGAGACGCGCUACGCGCAGGACGUGGAGAUCGAGGCGCUGCGCGAGGCGGUGUCCGAGGUGUACGACCUGGUGGUGGAGGACGUGCUGCUCAGCGGCCAGCUGCACCGGCGCGCCUCCUGUCUGCGCGGCUACCGGCCGCUCUGGUGCGUGCUGACGCCGCGCGCGCUGCGCUGCUUCCGGCGGCGCGGCGACGCACGGCCGUGCCUCGAGCUGAUGUUUUCGCCGCAGACGCAGGUGGCCAAUCUGAUCGAGCAGGCGGGCGUGCGGCCGAACCGGCUCUCGGUGACGGCCGACGGCCGGACCGUGCAGCUGGCAGCGCCCGACUACAAGACCAAGUUCCAGUGGCUGUCGGCGCUGGAGACGGCGGUGGCGUUCUCGGCGGCGCCGCAGGGCCACCAGCGGCACCUGGCGGCGGCGCGCCGCGCCGACUGGCACCAGACCGAGGCGCAGCAGCACGAGGACGACCGGCGCCGGCUCAGCCAGAUCAACAUCAUGGACAGCACCAAGGCUGAGCUGGAGGCGGAGCGGCUGGCGCGCGCAGCCGCCGAGGCGCAGGCUGCCGAGCUCGAGAUGCAGAAGGCCGAGGAGGAGCGGAAGCUGGCCGAGCUGGAGGAGACGCGACUCGAGCUGGAACGGCUGCUGCAGGAGGAGAAGCAGGCCAAGAGGGACGAAGAGCUGGUGCGCAGCGCCCAGAGCCGCCACAUCCGCGAGGAGUGGGAGCGGCGCGAGGAGCUGGAGCGGCUGCAGUCCGAGCUCACUGUGAUGCUGGAUGAAGAGCGCCAGAAGCGCGAGGCCUUCGAGGUGCUGCAGAAGACCAAGGAGCGCCAACUGGAGGAGGCCCAGCGCCACCUGCGCGAGGUCGAGGAAGGCCGCGUCAAGCUCGAUCAGGAGCUGAAGGCUGCUCGCUCCAAGCUGAUCGCCGCAGAACGCUCCAAGGGCCAGGUGGAGUCGAAGCUGCGUGUGCGCGAGCGCGACGUGGCGCUGCUGGCCACUCACGGUCAGACCGGCCUGCUGCCGCUGCGCUCCGCCAGCUUCCGCGACCCGCGCGAGUUCGCCCGCCUGGCUCCCAGCAGCAGUUUCCGCGCCGAGCUGAACAACAAUACGCGCGGCCGCGGCGGCGCCGGCCCCACCACUCGGCGCCGCCUGGCCGCCCGCGUGGAGGAGGCCGAGACGGACGAGGUGGACCUCUCUGAGCCUCCGGAGGUGCCACCGCCGCCGCCGCCGACGCCAGCGGCGGAACACCCGGCCGGAUGAGGUAGCCGAUGCCAGGAGACCGUCGGCAGAGCCGGGACAGUCCGCCGUCCCAGCGGCCCUGCAGCGUGCCGGUGGACGUCAAAGGUCGCCUCUCUUUCAGCCGGAGUCUGCCUCAUCGAGAUAUUUGGUCAGUUCAACAUGGUUGUAUCUGUUUGAAGUUGAUAGAUUUUGAUAUAUUUACAGAUUAUAUUAUAGUUAGAAAGAUCGAUAUGAGUAUAUAGCAUUCGGUGCCAUUCUUGUGAUGAGUGUUUUAGCUAUAAAUGCUAUGGUUAGAAGGAUAAUCGUCGCUACUCGGUAAGCAUAGGGACCAAAUGGAAUGCAUUGUUCCAAUGUCAAACGUGCUUCAUCAUCUCAGAUGUUUUAAUAUAACUGUACUAAUGUGCCUCAAAUAAGUGCUUCUAUUAAAUGCUGCUCACAUUUUUGGUUCCAAGUGCCCUGAACGUGUUUGCACAUGAUGUUUGCAAUAUGUGUUUUUCUGCGAAGUUGUUGUAGACCCUUGUUCACAAGUCAGCAAUGCUUGUGUUGUCAUGCAAGGUGUGUACGUUCAUCGUGUGUCGGGGUCCAUUCUUGUACCUCCUAGUUGAUAUCACCGCGUUACGGCUUCCAAUUCCCAAAUAUGUUGUGAUAAAUCAACUUUCCGUCCGUUUUCAAUCCUCGCGUUCCACUAUAUAGGCAGCUUCACCCAGAUUGCCGCUAGCCGAGGCCGUGCAAGAUGUUUUGCUUGUGAUGUCGAUGAACGCAACUGGCUAUCUUUGUUUUCUUAUAUCGGUUGGCCUGCAGAGAGCAGGGGAGUCCAGGAAUGGCAAUAUUAUUGAGGCUGAGAAUGUAUUAGGUCUGCCAUUAUCUUAGCAACAUGAUGAUUUACGUCUCACCCUUCGAUUUCUGAAUGACUUUCAUGUCAAGUGCCUUGAGUGUGUGGAACGCCGUCGGCGAAGUACGAUUGAUCUUUUCCGCUUGUGUGACCAAGCCAUAGUGUUUCCGUUGGUUGAGGUAUGGCUAUGGGGACUAGGGAGGGUCUUAACAGCACUUGUCACUAAUGUCGCGUCUUGCCAGUAUCGGUAGCACUGCUAGCAGUGCGGUAAAGCUUCUUUGACAUCGGUGACGGUUCGGCCGAUAGCUGGGCCGUAUCGUGCCGUCCAGCGGCAGCCUGGUGCGCUAUAUUUGGCCGGGUCCAGCCUGCUACGGUGCGUUACAGGUGCCCGACCGCUCCAACACGCGACAACCCUCGGGCCGAGGCUCGACCGCGAGAGGGCGCUCUAUAUCGCUGGAGAGACGGCCGGGGCCGACCCAGCUCCGGAGACGAGACCCGGUUGUGAUGACUGUGUGACCAGACGCCUUACUGUGUGCGAUGUUCGAUCUUGUGGUGACUUCAGCGCUUCCCUUACGACGUCGAGGCGGUGUUUUUGUAUCCCUUUUAAGGUGACUGAUGUUUGCGGCCCACGAUGGUGCCUUAUGUUGGCACCUAGCCGGUACUCAAACAUUGACCAGUGAUUUAGGUCUGGUACGUACACACUACACAGUACACCCGUGCGGUGUUUCUCGUCGUUCGAUGUCUUCCAGCCGCUACUAAUACACCCUAGUACAUAUGCCUUCGCAGCAUGCGAAAUAAAUGACCAGCUUUUUA